AUGCGAGGUUGCUGGACGAAGAAGAAAUCCAAAUUGCAAGAGAACAUCGAGGACGAAGAUUCAGAUACAACAAUGUUGCAUUUGUUGGUGACCAUGAUCGGAUUGGCACAACUACUGAUUGCACAUCAAUACUUUAAAUUUAAAGGUUAUAUCGAGUAUCCAAUCCGACGAUCCAUCACAGGAGCUGGUUAUGACUAUAUACACAAUGUGUUACAAGAAGAUCCUCAGACAAUUGUAUCGUAUGAGGAUGCUUCCAAUCCAGGGCAACCAGGACAAGCCCCUCGUCCUGCUGGAGCUGGAGCUGGAGCUGCACCACAUGCCUAA